AUGCGUGGAUGGCCAAAUCCUGCUCUAUUCCCCAAGCAAGCCCUCCAAGACGCCGCCAACGCCGCGCUCUCGGACCCUACAACCUCAAGCGAAGCUCUCGAGUACGGUCCCGACCCAGGCUGGGAACCAUGCCGAAAAGCAGUAGCAAACUGGCUUACGGAAUUCUACCGACCCGCCGACCAUGAAGGUGAGUCCUACUCUUCGGAUGUAGCAAGACUGUGUAUCACAGGCGGCGCCAGCCAGAACUUGGGCUGCAUGCUCAGCGUCUACACGGACCCAGAGUACACGCGCAAUAUCUGGAUCGUAGCACCAGCGUACUUUCUAGCCUUUCGAAUAUUUGAAGAUGCAGGGUUUGCGGGCAAGAUGCGAGCGGUGCCGGAAGAUGAGGAUGGGGUUGACUUGACGUACCUGCGGCGGGAGCUUGAGGAGAGCGAACAGAAAGCCAAAGCGGAGGGCAAGGAUAGGCCACGGUACAAACUGGCCAGAAGGCGAGCGAAGGUGUACAAGCACAUCAUUUACUGCGUGCCCACGUUUGCGAACCCGAGUUCGAGAACAAUGAGUUUGCAGCAUCGUACGGAGAUGGUGCGGAUAGCAAGGGAUUAUGAUGCUUUGCUAGUUGCAGAUGAUGUAUACGACUUCCUUCAAUGGCCGGCUGCUGAGCGAAGUGGGCGGUCACUUGACGAUAUGGAGCGAGCGCAUUUGCCACGGCUGACAGACAUUGACCGGGUCAUUGACGGAGGAAGUGAUCGGAAUGGAGCCGAUGGUUUCGGCAACGCUUGUUCGAACGGCAGCUUCAGCAAGAUUGUUGCACCUGGGGUGAGAGUGGGCUGGGUUGAAGGGACGCCCAAGUUCGCUUAUGGGGUCAGUCAGUGCGGCACGACAAGGUCCGGUGGCGCACCAAGCCAACUAACCUCGACCUACAUGACGCACUUACUCACUUCCGGCGCCCUGCCGAAACACAUCCGCCACACGCUCCAACCGGCCUACGCACGCCGCUACGCAAGUCUCAUGAGAGCAAUCGAAACGCAUCUCGUCCCGUUAGGCUUUACUCUCCCGCAGCCCAAUCGCGAAGUAGUGGGAGGUUACUUCGUUUGGCUGGCGUUACCUGAAGGGUCCAAAUGGAAUGCAGACAAGCUAGCGGCGAGAUGCAGGACCGAGGAGAAUGUCAUUGUAGCACCUGGUGGUCUCUUCGAGGUACCCGGUGAUGGUGAAAGGGUGAGCUUUGAAGGCCAUAUCCGGCUAUGCUUUGCGUGGGAGGACGAGCGGUCCCUGGUGGAUGGGGUGAAGAGGGUGGGCAGAGUGGCUGCGAGGAUUAGAGAUGAAGACGCUGGGGAUCAAGGUAGUCAGGGCUUUGAUGCAGACAGCUUCAAGUGA